ACUCCCGCCACUUGGGGCUGCCGAUACUUUGAUCCCAAUAGCUACCUAGCUUCCGGCUCUGACGUCCUUGAACCAGCCCUGAAUUGUCGAUUUUCUUAAUUUGCGAUCGUUUCGAGGAGCCUUGUCGAGAAAAAGCCUAGACGUCAUAUUUGUCCUCACACGUUGUCCCAAAUUGGCAGUUCUUUGCUCAUAGGAACUCGAGAAACCUUGCCCUGGAGCUAUGGCCACUAUCCGCAAACACGAUAUUUCUGAGUCGUAGCUUACUUCAAAGUGCUAAAUGCGGCGACCCAAUGGCCGAAGCUCUAACCGUAAUAGAGGUCGCCCUCUGCAUCACCGAAGUAGUCGAGCGCCUCUGCAAAUACGUCUCGGCAGUCAAAUCCGCCAAAGAUGACGUACGCAAACUCACCCAGGAGCUCCUCGCCCUCAAAGGCGCAAUGGACCACUUCCACGUCCAAAAUGAGCGUAGCAUGGAUAACCCGCUACAGGAGCAGGCCCGCGCCAUGCUCAAGAUGACUCAGGAGACCCUCGACGCCAUACGAAAGAAGCUCGGUACGCCAAAGACGUCGUCCUUGGGCCGCGCUGCCCAAAGUUUGGCCUGGCCUUUUCGGCAGGGUGAUAUAGAGACGUAUUUUGCUACUGUCGAGAGAGCCAAGACGUGGUUCAUCAUGGUCUUGAUGAGGGAUUCGCUCGAUACCACGGCGUCAGUGUUGUCAGAGAUGCAGAAGCUGACGGCGCUUGUGCAUGAGGAUAUUGUUGCGCGCAAGACGGAUCGGAUGCUGGAGGAGACGGCUGAUUUGCUAAAGUGGCUUUCGCCCGUCGAUAGUGAGGACAAGCUUGUCAGUUCAAGGCACGAUCGCGCACCGGGUACUGGCAGAUGGAUAGUCGAUAAGACGUUUCUGGAAUGGCAAAGGAGCACUCCCACUGAUCGGCCGGUAUUCUGGAUCACUGGAAGGUCAGGAUCCGGCAAGACGGUGCUUUUCUCGCAACUCGUUGAGGAUCUCAGAGCACAUCCUAGCGAUGAAGCCUCGGAAGAGAACGGCAACAUAGGCGUCGGUUUCCAUUGCUGCUCCCUAGACGACGCGGCAUCCCAAGCCGUUCCGAACGUCUUUGGCUCCAUCCUGGCCCAGAUAGGAGCGACGAACCCAAGUAUCCUCGACCAUGUCCGGCCGCUGAGGAAGUCUGGGAACACUCUGAUCCCGCAGAACAACCUGUCCGUCGAGCAGAUCUACGACGUAAUGGGUGAAGCCCUCGAGUUAUUUGAUGUCUUUUAUCUCAUGGUUGACGCUCUCAACGAGACGAACCAGGAGUCUGUCAUUGUUAAGGCCCUUUUGCACCUCUGCUCAAAGCACUCUAACCUACGCAUCUUGGUCACGUGUACGCGCGAGCCGGCGCAGCCUGAUCCUAGCAUCUACGUCCGACACAUGAGCACACAGUCCAUAGAUUGUGAUAUCGAGGUGUAUGUGGAGAAAAGGCUUUCGAGCGAACACAGUUUCCAGUCCUUGAGUGCGAAAAUACGAACCAAGAUCAAGGACAAGGUCACAUCAGAAGCGGAUGGGACAUUUCGAUGGGCCAAAUUGUGCAUGGAUAGACUCAGCACCCUUCGCACUGGAAGAGACGUACGACGAGCUCUGAUCGAUAUACCGUCCACACUCAACGGGUUUUACGCCGGUAUACUCACCCGUGUACCCCAACAAGAUCGGGCCCUGGCUCGCGAGGCUCUUGCCUGGCUCUGCUUCUCUCUCCGGCCGCUUCAUCUUAACGAGCUCGCCGAAGCCAUCGUCCUCGAAGGUGACGAAGUCGAUAUUGACGAUGAUGACCGACUCACCGACCCCUCUGCCAUUAUCGAAAUCUGCCAGGACCUAGCCCACGUAAGCGAGCACUACGUCACCCUCGCCCACGACUCCAUCCGCACAUUCUUACAAUCAGAAUGGAUACGGACUUCCUCUGCCUCGGAAUAUGCGCUGGACGCAUCCGCCUGCCACCAAAUCAUCAUGCGCAAGUGCCUCGCCUACCUCAGACUCGAGCCCUUCACCACAGGCCCCUUGGACAAGCUCCGACACGUGAAGGCCAGGUUUGCAGCCUACCCGCUGCUCAACUACGCUACAAACAUGUGGCCCAUCCACUCUGAACGCUUCCCCCUCUCAGAUAAAGACGAGAAGCUCAUUCUCGACUUCUUCGACACCAAGAAGCUCGCGCACGGCGGCGCCUUUGAGGCGUGGGUGCAGUUUGUCCUGCGCUCGGCGGAUCUGGACGUCAUCCGGCACACGGAGCCGCUCUACUACGCCGCGUCGUUCAACAUGACGUCUGUCCUACAAUUAAUACUCAGACCAGAGUACAAGGUCGACGUCAAUAAGAGAGGCGGACGGUUUUCUUCGCCCCCGCUGUUUGUGGCGCUCUGGAGGGACAAUGUCGAGGCGGCCAUGUUGCUACUCAGGGCCGGGGCGGACCCGGAUUCUCGGGAUACGAGUGGGCAGACUAGUCGGCGCCUGGCCACGAGUCGAAAGCACCAUGAGGUUGUCAAGCUUAUGAAGGAGAUGAGUCCGGCGGGGGCAAAAAGGGCGCCGACUUGGAAUUGGGAUAAGGAAUCUCAGGAUGAGUGGGCGAUGGAGGAUGCUCUUGCACAAGUGAGGCUGAGAAGCUAUAUGGAUGAGGGUUCCUGAGUUGAUACCACUUCCAAAUAGCCCCCUACAAGCAGGAGUUGCGACAAUUGUACACAACGAUUCUGAGCAUUAGCAUCAAGGACACACAACUCGGCUGGGAUUUAUCCCGUGGCAAUGAAAGGUUGUGAGCAGUCCUUCCAAGCUACACUCUUUCAGCUGGAACCGUGUCCAUAAGGCAUGUGGUGUAAGUCUCUAGACUAGGAUAUCCACCUCUAGUUGGGGCUCCAUACCUGCUUGGGAGAAAGUCAGAAGACGAGGUGUGAGGUGUUGAUGCAAUGUGAUGGGUGGUGAAAGGCCACGCACUGCCACACCGAAGCGGGUGGAAGGUGAGAGGUGCUUAAAAGUGGAGACACACAUCAAUGCCGUUGUGGCUCGUGGCGCUGUUCUGUACAAUGCAAGAUUACUAAGCCGG